AUGCCUAUCCAACGUUCACGCAUCCGCUUCCUGGACGAUCAAGUCCCCAACAACGACGGGUAUCGAUCCUACCUCAAGGACAGGGUCCUAGCGUUUGCUGAGGAAGAUCCUGAUAAUCACGGCCUCGCCAGCUGUGUGGCGGCCAUCGUUCAAAACUGCGGCCAUUCCAGCGUCUCAGACCGCCGGAACCACGCCACCGUCAAGUUCUAUGUUGUCGGCGCCGACGGCAAGGCCCAGUUCCUCGUCACUCAGCAUGUCACGUGUUUGAAGUACAGGACCUGGUCACAGAGGCAGCAGAGACGGCGCCGCGGUGGCGGUGGCGGCGGGAGCAGAUAG